AUGUUCAUGGUGAAGUCUUACCCAUCUGCAUUGUAUUUUCUAGAUGAAAUUACAAAUGCUUCGAGUGGGAAACAUGUAGUCAUGUUUCUAGACUACGACGGGACACUCUCUCCAAUCGUUGACAACCCUGAUCUUGCUUAUAUGUCUGAUGCGAUGCGAGAAACGGUAAGAAAACUCGCUUCAUGCUUUCCAACAGCUAUUGUUACCGGAAGAUGCAUAGAUAAAGUCUAUGACUUCGUCAAAUUAGCUGAGCUUUCCUAUGCCGGAAGCCAUGGGAUGGACAUCAAAUGCCCAUCUAAACACAAGAAGGGUGUUGUUUUCCAACCUGCCAAUGAUUUUUUACCCAUGAUAGAUAAGGUUUAUAUGAUACUCUCGAAGAAAGCAAAAUCAACACCAGGGGCAAAAGUGGAAAACAACAAAUUUUGUGUAUCUGUUCAUUUCCGACGUGUCAAUGAAAAUAAUUGGAUGGAGCUGGCUAGCCAUGUGAAAUCCGUUCUCGAUAAAUACCCAAAGCUCAGAGUAACGACAGGAAAAAAAGUAUUAGAGAUCCGUCCCGAUAUUCAAUGGGACAAAGGGAAGGCUCUCGAGUUUCUGUUAGGGUCACUUGGUUACACCAACUGUGAAGACGUGUUUCCGAUAUACAUCGGGGAUGAUCGUAGUGACGAGGACGCCUUCAAGGUACUAAGAAAAAGGGGCCAAGGUUUAGGCAUUCUUGUAUCAGAAAUUCAAAGGGACACUGCUGCCUCCUAUUAUCUGCACGAUCCAUCCGAGGUGAGUUGA